GGGCCAGCUCCUGUCGGAACAAUCAUCCACCUAGCAGCACUGGCACCAGCACCCCACCGACUCGUGUGUAACUGUGUUGGUACCAUCGCCCGCAGUCCACACGUUCCGUGCGUGUCGGUUAGGUCUCUCGACUGUUGUUGGUGGAUUUGGAACUGCUGGGCUGCUGCUGCCACACUAUACUGGGGGGAGGCAGAGGCCGUCCGUCAUCGUCGUCGUCGUCGUCGUCAGUUAUGCGAGUUACACCAUCACCAUCGGGGGCGCCGAACGUUUUUCUGCAAAGUGUGGCCGAGUUGUGGACAGAACUUUUUUUCUGUGCGUUCCUGCGGGAAGGCACGGUACAGGACUCCGCAGCCGCGUGGUUCCGCGGAACGAGUUACGGUGCGAUUGGAUUUCGGUGGAUUGUUGGAGAAGGAAUUUGAAAACACUUCCUGUGAAAAUUUAGGAUUAGCUGAUGGGAGAUAAUUUUCUCGAUUGAACAACCAACCAGCCAGCCAGAGCAAUAUAUGCAGGCAGUGAGUGAGUGUGGAAGUUGAAAAGUUAAAAUAUAUGUAUGUGAUACAGCACCAGCAGCAGAAGCAGCAGCAGCAAAAAAGUGAAUGAUUGAGUAAGUGAAAAAGAGACGUCGAAUAAUAAGAGUGCGCCCCGUUUGCGGAGAGGGAGCAAGAAAAAGUCACAAGUGACAGCGCCAGCACGGUGGAGCUGUCAGUGCACGAGAAAAACAGAGAAGAGAAAGAGAGAGAGAAGCAAGUGUGUGCCGCCGAGUGCGAGAGAAGAUAGUAGUAUAAAAAUAAAAACAACAACAUCAGCAGAGCGGCAACGACAACAACAAAAACAACAACAGCAGAAACAACAAGAAAAGCAAAACGAACCAGCACCAAUACGCCGACAGAAACGUCAAUCCGGAACAGACGGUGGUGCUGGCACGACUACUACGGCCGGCCGCGCUGGUCCGCGAGGAGAAUUGAAAAUAAAGUAAAUAAUAAUAAGCAGCAGCAGCAGCACCAGUCGCGCAAGUGUCAGUGCGCGAGCGAGAUUUCGAAGUAGUUGUUAUUUCUUGGGUGGAAAAAGAGGCGAAUUUCGGUAGUAAGAAGAGUGUGCUGUUGGGAAGAAGAAGAAAGGAAAAAAAAAUCAAGUGAUAAUAGAGUAAUCAGUGGUUUUCUUUUUUUUUUGGUUCCGUUCAAUACACAUAUAUCGCCUUUUAUUGUUCGGUUGUUUGAUUUUUGUACUUGUGCAUUCGCGAGCGAUUCCAGCACACACAGAGAGAUAUACAUGGUUUAUCUAUAUUUACACACGCGGCAAAGCCUGGAAGAGUGAUAUCACACACUGCUAGAGCGAGAAGAGUUGAGUUGAGUGAAGAAAAAAAAAGCAAGCAAGCACCAAGAGUGAAGCAAAAGUACUGUCUCAUCGCGCACGAAAUAGAGAAAUUUUUCCUUUCCGCCGAAUGUCGACGGCGGCCGCGACGGCCAGGGCAGCAGUCAGGGGUACCCCAGAAGCCGCAAGUCAUCCAAGAGUUUAACGCCGCCCCCCCUCGCAACAGCGCGGCACCCCAUGUAAAAAGGGUCCCCGUCUCGUCCGCGGAGACUGGACACACGGGACAGAAGGGACUCCCCGCAAAGGAGGUCAAACGUCCUGUGAAUCGAGACCACACAAACUCAGAAUGGAUACCGGAGGUUACGUGUUGAUGAAUGGGGACGCUGGUAAGAUGGCCACAACGGCUGCGGUUUAUCCGGCCGGCGCGGAAGCCAUCAUCACCGGUGGGAUGGCUGGGUUGACGCUGGUCGGACCCCAUCCGCCCCAGGCCACACACCUCACGGUCGUUCCGGCGAUUCCUACGGCCGUUCCCGUCGUGGCGGCGGCGACGGCCACCAACGAUUACACCGUCAUGAAUGGCGGCACCAUCAGCAGCAGCAGCAACAACACCUCCACCAUCACCGCAAACAGCAGCAAUAAUAACAACAAUCACAACAACAGCAGUAACGAGCCGGCCGCCGGUGAUUACUACGGGGACGCUUCCGCUUCGUCAACGGUGGUUACCACAAACAACAGCAGCAGCGCAGUGAACAAUAACAACAGCAGCAGCAGCAGCCCACAGAACCAGAGCAGCACGGGUGCUAUCGCCGGAGCCCAAGUCAACGCCACCACCAGUACCACCAGUGAUAGUAGUAGUACCGAUUACAGCGGUAUGCCUUUAGAUCAGCUGAAGCAGCAGCUGCAGACGCAGCUCGAUUACUAUUUUUCGAGAGAAAAUCUAGCCAACGACACAUAUCUGCUAUCCCAGAUGGACAACGACCAGUACGUGCCGAUCUGGACGGUGGCCAACUUCAACCUGGUGAAGAAGCUCACCAAGGACCUCAAGCUGAUCACGGACGUGCUGCGCGAGUCGCCGAACGUCCAGGUCGACGAGGAGGGCCUCAAGGUGCGCCCGAACCACAAGCGGUGCAUCGUGAUCCUGCGCGAGAUCCCGGACAACACCCCGAUCGAGGAAGUUAAGAACUUGUUCCAAGGUGAAAACUGUCCCCGGUUUAUCUCGUGCGAAUUUGCUCACAACAACUCCUGGUACAUCAUGUUCGAGUCGGACGACGACGCACAGCGGGCGUUCCGAUAUCUGCGCGAGGAGGUUAAGGAAUUUCAGGGAAAGCCAAUUAUGGCGCGAAUAAAGGCCAAACCGAUGAACAGGCUUCCGAUCCCGUCCGGGGUGCCGCUGAAGAACGGCUUCCGGACGACGCCACCGCCGGCCACGGGGACUGCGGUGGCCGUUCCGCCGGGUGCCCCGGCAGCUGCCGUGGCGGUUGCGACUGCCGCAGCGGCUGCGGCCGGUGCUGCGGUGUACGAUCCGACGCAGGCGGCAGCCGCGGCCGCUGCCUUCCCCGGCCAGCAGCGAUACAUUGCCUUGCAGCACAACCCGGGCGCGCUACCGCAGGGUGCGGCCGUUCCGGCUUACAACGCGCAGCUUCACAUGUUUCCAUUCCAGCAGCAAUUUUAUCCCGGCAUAAUGCAACCGUGGCCAGCGGCGCCCCCGCCGGCACAAAACUACUACGACCUGAGCACGUUCGUCACGAGCAAUGGGUUGGCGCCGCAGGUUACGUUCGCCACGACCAAGCAACAAAACGGUCGGUACAACGUUCAGGGUGGUGGAGUGACCGGAGCUCACCGUGGAGGUAACAUCCGGAGCAAACGACAGCCGAAUCCUUCGAUACCGGGCGCCAGCAAUGAGCACCGAGCCGGUGGUGGAGCUCCUGCUGGAGGAGCGAACGGCAGUCAGACGUCGGUUGGGGCCAACGAGCGGGUAUCGAAUCAGCAACAACCGCCGCACUACCAACAGCAGCAGCAGCAGCAACAAUCACAAUCACACUACCAGCCGCAAGCGGGUGGCGGUGGCAAGGGAGGUGCCUCCCUGCUGGGUCACGGAGGCAAGUCGUCCUACCACAAGGAUGCAACUAUUGUGCCACAUUAUCAACAUUACCAGCCACAGCAGCAGCAGCAUUACAGCAGCAAUCACCAGCAGCCGUCGUCGGUGCCGCAUCAUCACCACCAAUCGCAACAGCAGCAACAGCAACAAGGUGACGAAACUACGACGAACGUCAGCAUGCGCUCGAACAGUAACGCCGAUCACUACCAGCAACAGCAACAAGCGGACGAUGGAAACAGUGGCUACAGCAGCUUGCCGUACAACAGCGGCAGGAACAAGGACCUGUCCAGUGGUCCGUGGGCAUCGAACCAGUCGAGGCGCCACACGCGACGAAGAAAAGACGACAUGGACAGCGGCGGUGGCACUCUGUACACUAACACAAGCAUCCGAACGAGCAACAUGAGCUACACUAGUAAUAGUAAUAAUCUUAGCAGUAGUAUGAACAACGGUGCAAACAUAAAAGUUAUAAACACAACUAGUCUCAAUCAAUUGAUACCGUCGUCCACCGGGGGCGGCGGCGGCGGACCUCCGCACGGUCGUGGACCACGCGGCGGGACCGGAAACAGCGAAUCCCUUCACAGUACAGCGUCGGGAAACGCGAUUGCGUCGAUGGGUGGCGAAGCUGGCGGCGGUGGUAGUGGACACCACAGUCAUCACAGUUCACACGGGGCUGGCGGCGGCGGUUACCAUCCCCACCACCACCGGAGUGCGAUCGCUACUGGGUUUCACCAGCAGCAGCAGCAGCAACAACAGCAGCAGCAACAUUCGCACUCCCAUCACCACCAGCAGCAACAGCAUCUGCAACAGCAGCAGCAGCAACAGCAACAGCCGGCAGCUCAGCAGCAGUCUCAUCUGCAGCAAUCGUCGAGCAGCGCCGCCGGCGGCUUCCAGCAGCAGCAGCAACAACAGCAGAAUGCCGUCUCCACCCAAUCGACGCAAUUCGACCUCGAACAAGCUGCAUUUCCGCCCCUUCCCGGCCACGAUGACAAUACCGGCGGGCGCAACAAGCACCACCACUCGCGCGCCGAUCACCAACAUGGCGGCCAACAUCAGUCGCAUGCCCAGCAACAUGCCACCGUAUCGUCCGGUGGUAACCAUGGUUCCUCUACUGAUAAUGCCUCGUCCGGCUAUGCUGGGGCAGCCGCUGCCGCCGGCGCUGUUCCCGACGUUUCGGCCCAUCCUCCGCCGGUAACGGCCUGGGGUGGCGAAAGUCGGCUAGCCGAUGUCGUUAAAGGAACCGCACCCGCAACGAAUGCCUCAUCGAAAGCGAAACCCAGCGUCAACACAACGUCCCCUCCGCCGUCUCAGCAGCAGCAGCAGCAGCCAGCAUCCCAAAGCACCAACACCAGUGAGCUUAGUCAAAAAAACGCCACAGCUUCGGCAGCUGCCACUUGCGAGGUGAGCGCAGCCGCCGGACGUGACCAGCCGCCUUCUUCUUCAGCCGUCGAAUCUGGUACCACCAGCAAGAGCAACGAAUCUGCUUCAACGGCCACCACUAUCAGCAGCAGCAGCAGCAACAAUAACUCUAGCAAAGUAUCCACAUCAACUUGCCACUCAUCUGUGAUAAAAUGUACAACUAGUACGUCUGCAAGCGCCACUGCUGAUAAAUCCACAAAGACUGACGAGUCAUUGCUACAAGCGAAUGGCUCGGAAUCGACGCCAGCGGUGUCCACCUCGGCCGCACCAGCUCGCAAGGCGGCAGCAGACUCGGCCAACAGUCCGCCGACGACGACGAACGCCGCCACGAUGACCUCGACCGAGUACGUGCUGGCGGCGUCCGCGUCCACUUUGUCCUCCUCCUCUUCCGGCGGUCACACCAAGUCGUACACCAGCACCACCACAAGUGCGUCGACCGUGGCGGUGACGUCCGCGUCCACAAUGACCGUACCGGUGUCGAAGGCCGAAAAGAGUGGCAAAACCACCGGCGCCAAGCACCCCAAAUCGCCAACCGUUCCUCCGACGGUGGCCGCUGCCGUUGCCUCGUCCGCGGGCUCUUCCCACCAGGCCGCAUCGGCUGCGCAGCAAGCCUCGGCCCCACCACCGUUUUCACUGCAAAAUCAUCCGCCGCUGGGUGGCGUUGCGGUUCCCAUUCCGGAACCGCCCACCACGGCCCAGCAGCAAUCUCAGGUACGCCUCAGCUACGCCCAGGUCGCGCAACACCUCAAGGAGCAACAGCUGAAGGAGAAGGAACACCACCCGGAAGGAGGCGCUGCUGCCAAAGCGACCACCGCAACCGUUGAGAAGGAGAACAACGGCUCGGCGCAGCAAUCGGGGGGAGGUGGCGCCACCGUAGUCGCAAGUGCGGCAACCGCCGCGGCCAGUAGUGGCGCUGCCGCUGCUGCUGCCCACCAAAAGAAGAGGGAUUCUCAGCCAAUCUCAAGACUGUCUACGUCGUCGCAGCACAGUAACGACGGGUUUAGGGAACAAAGAGACAUUCGCACCAACGCCAACAACUCUGCCAACGCCCGCAGCAGCACCGCCGCCGCCGCCGCCAAAGACAUCCGACCAUCGGCCUCGGGAGCUGCUGCCGGUGCAACCACCUCCGCUACCUCCGGCACUUCCACCGGAACGGCAUCCUCCGUCGGUCAUCGUGGCGAAGCCAACAACAACAGUCUGAAGGCUCCGAACGCGUCGUCCGGUCGGACGGCACGGCCCCACCAGCUGAAGGACUACGUUCACGCGCCGCAGCCGCAGCAGGGUCCGCGUAGUCCCAAAUGAUGACGCUUAAUCUGGAUUUAAGGGUCGGCCGUGAUGGUGGCGUCGUCGUCGUCGUCGUCGGCCCACGUUGUUAUUGUUGGUGAGCUGGAGGAGCGGGAGAUGGUGCGUAGCUGAGGGUUCAGUGGGGGGAGGGUUCAAGUUGUGUUUUUGUUUGUUGUGUAUAUUGUUAUCGUCGGGGGGGCGAAGGGAAGGGACGUUGCGUGGGAGGAUGAUGGUUGUGCGCAGAAAAAGUUUAACUUUUUUCCUUUUUUUCGUUGAUUUUUUGUGUUAAGUUGAUAGAGCGCGUGUGGGUUUCAGAGAGUUGCGAAAGGGGGGAUUUCGUUUGAGGAGGAGAAUGGAAAGGAACGCGACGUUCCUUGCGGGGUGGGAAUUUGGACAAUGACUAAGGGCCUAGAGAGAUCUCAUGCAAACUCUACCGUCGGAAUGUGUUGAAAUUUUGACCAAAAGCGAGCGAAUCCAGAUUUGACGGAGCACAACUCCCAGUCCUAUUGAUUAUUAUUAUUUUCUUUCUUUCUUUUUUUUUCAUUAAUUCUUGUGACAAUUUUUAGGUGUAGAGAUGCUGCGCUAGCGCAGACGUAAUGACUUUCGCACGUGUUCUAUAAUUUAGGAGAAGGGUACGCAAGCAGAAAUCAUUAGCCAGAGAGAAAAAAAAGCCUUUCCGUGAACAUUUUGGACUAACUAACACGAAAGCGCUGAUAAAAAUUUAUUCAAACUUGGAGAAACGAAAUUUGUGAUGCUUUCUUUUGCUCAAGCUUUUCGUCUUAUUUUCAAAAAUAAAAGCAAACUGCCCUAGAGCUCAGCUAUAACGUAAAAAAGGAAUAAAAUAAUGUUUUCCCUUUGAACUGACCCUUCAAGUCCCAUUCAUAAUUUCCUCCGGAAAUAUUUACCCUUAUCCACAGGGAAACAGACGUAAAUUCACCAAUCACUCCUCACUAGUGCUAGUUGUGAACAGCAGAAAAUGUUUGAUAGUGUGCGAGUUUCAAGCAACUGUCAAACGCGUUGUGGUGAAUUCAGAGUGCCGUGGUGAGUUAUUCAAAUUGACCUUUAAAUUGCUGGUUGAUGGAUUUUAAAAGAGAUUUACGUCUGCUUAUCUGUGCCUUAUCCCUGAGACCACAUCUUUUGUUGAUGUUAAACUAUAAAAAACAAGUGAAACAAAAAAAAAAUCCUAGUCUUCUAUAUUGUUUAUACUUCCACGUCAAGUGGGUCAAAUCUAAAGCAAAAAGAAAACUAUUUAAUCUGUGUUUAUUUUCCUAUUUUCCCUUAUACUAUCAUCACUAUUAUCAUUAUUAUUUCUAAUAUAUUCCAAUCUUAAGCAGUCCUCCCUUCUUUCUAUUAUCGUAGUAGCUAACGAAACGAAGAGAGAACACGAAAAUCGCAUAACCACAAUUACUUUUAAGUGCAAAACAAUGCACAGAGACUAUUGAAAACCCCCUCUAACACUUUCUGUUUGUUACAAAAAAAAUUUGUUGUUUAUUGAUAAAAAAAACAUGUUUAUUGACUGGUGUGUCACAAACACACACACAGGCCGUGGGCACGGUUCCGAGGCCGCGUGAACCAAUUCUAUGGAAACUCACACUAACUAAAUGAGGAAACAAAACAAAACAAAAAAAACCUAAAUAAGUCAAAGCAUAGUGCGCAGCGAAGCGAGCCAAUAAUACUAGAACGAGACAGAGAGAGCGCGAGAAGAGUAAAUAAUAAAUUUAGAAAAGUAGCCGAAAAAACAACGCGAAUGAGACUGGCUGUUGGUUGGCGCGAGAGUGAGAGAGUGCGAGCGCGAAGUGCGAACGAGAGCGAGAGAGAGAGAUGCAAAGCAAAACUACUAUUUAGCUAUUUUUUCUAUUUAAUUUAAGCAGUAGCCCGAGAUAUAACGAAAGCCGGCAGGAGUUUAGGAAGUGAAGAAAUAAUUUAAAGUAAUACAAAACAAAAAUGUGGUAAUUUAUUAGGAUAACAAAUGAAAUUGACGGCUCUCCAUCCCCUCCCUCUUUCUGUUCGGAGUAAAAUGCAGAACCAUUUAGACUCACACACACUCGGAAGUACACAAAGUAGAGAGAAAACCAGAGAGAGAAAUAUAUUUAACAGAAGUAAAAAAGCAAACCAAUAAACGCAAAUCUUCUAUAGAUAACCCCGUUUCGAAAUAAAGCAAGUGUAGAAAUGUAUAACCUCUUCCGGGACUAGGCAAGCGACAACCACAAACCAAAACAAACAAAUUAAAAAAAAACUUUUUCGUUCCUGGCGAAACAAAUUUCCAAAAAAAUCAAGGCGAUUUCCACCCCUCGAACCGCGCAGUUCAAAACGCAGAAUUGUAUACACUUAGCCCGUAAGAAAGAGCCAAAUUUUCCAAAUAAUCCAUGUUCUCGUAGCAAACAACUAUAUCUCGACGUGCGCGACAACUCACAAAACGCAAAUAAAGAAUACUUGGGGAAGUUAACGAUGAUGAUGUGAAGAGAGUGAGCGAUUUUUGUUGCCUUAAAAAGUCCUAAUCAAUACUGUGUGAAUGAGGUAAACGUUACUCAAAUUAAAGCGUGAUUGUGUGUGUGUCUAUAGCAAACCCCUUUUUAGCGCAGAGGACAGCCUGAUGUAAUCGUGUAAAAAAAAAGUUAGCAUAACUGUGACCGUUCGAGAUUGGAGAUCGCUUUUGGUGGAAUGAAUUGUUGCUUUAAUUUUAUUAAACAUGUAUUUGGUUAAAUAUAUGAUAAAAAAAAGUUGCAAAAUUUCAAAAGCUCUGUAAUAUUUUUUUCCAGAUUUUUUAUAUCCGUCAAUUUAAGUGCGGUGAUUUGGCUUUCAAAGCCGUUUUGUACGGUAUGUCCAUGCAUCCUUCCACCCCUGUAGGUUCUGUGAAAUGUGAUCCGUUCAAAGAAUCCUCUCUGUGGCAAACACAACGCAGUAAGGCUGACCGCUGGGCUGGAAAAAUCUACUUCAAAUGAGUUUAGUGACCAGUCUUUGAGAGAGCGGGAGAGAGAGAGAGAAAUCUACACGCUCGUUUCUCAUUCUCAUUUCUGGAAGAUUUCCACCGUAAACGGUCAAAAAAUUUGCUCCCGAACAUCGCAAAACAUUGCUCAUCUUCGAAAAGAGACAACCCAUUGUUUGACGUAUAACGUUUAACCUGCAAAUUUAGUAAUUCGGAAAUUCGCCAAAACACAUGUGCAUGAGAGAGGAGAAUCAGCUCUUUCGAGUUUUUCUCUUGAUGAGCGUGAAGAGAACUCUUUUGAUGGUGAAGAUUCUUCUAUCGCUGCUACUCAGCAAUGAGUUUUUAAAGUUUUCACUCGCGAGUAUUUGUUUGAGUUAGAUUUGGGAGAAAUUAAAAUUACUGAAAAAACAUUACCAACAUUAAUUUCUAGUAGCGGAGUAGGAACAAAAUUCCAGACAAAAAUUGAGCGAAAAAUACUCAGUUGUUUCCAAUGAGCAUGUACAGUGAGCAACUCUCUUUAUUAUCUCACUCUUUGCAAAUCUUGUAAAUAAUUAUGUAUUUUUUCAAGAUAUUUGUGUGAAAUCAAAAGUUUUCACUGAUACAUUGCACCGGCGAAACGUCAAUUUCACUUAUAUAAGGAAAGGUGGGUUUUCCAGCUGCCAAAAAUCAGCACGAAACCCGAAUUUUUGUGGAGAUUUUCAGAAUAGUUAAAUUUUGACCAAUUUACGGGAAAAUUUCACAGGUUUGUUUUUCCAUAGGGUUGUGCCAAACCAGAUAAAAAAAUUAAAACGAAAAAAAUCCAAAAUCAAGAAAAAAUGCAACUAAAAACUUUUUUGAUCCAAAUUUUGCAUGACAAACAACCCUUAAAAAAAAAACCGGUGAAAUUGACCCGGAAAAUUAAAAGCUUUUCUAAAAAUCUCCAUGUAAAAUCCGAUUUUCGUGCGAACUAUUUUUAAAAGCUGGAAAUUCGCCUUACCUUAUUUAAUCUAUAUGCCUUGGUUCAUCUACGAAACAUGACAGGUCAUUUUUGGCGUUUGACGUUUCUCCUGCGAAUGUAGUAGUAGAAUCGGUAUUUCUCCGAAAAAUCAAGAUUUUUUUUAACUUUUGACCGAUAUUUCGCCCUUUUCAAAAUUUUCUCUUUAUGAGCGUGAGAUUGAGAUUCUUCUAUCGCUGCUAUUCAGCAAUGAGUUUUUUAAGUUUUCAAUCGCGGUUGAGUUAAUUUUGCGCGAAAUUGGUUAACCUCAGUCAUCAUUCUGGUAAAAUGCAACUAAAUUCUAGUGAAACUGCGUUCCCGAGAAGUUUCGGGUUUGGCAAAAUUUGAGUGAAAAUUAAUCAGAAUUGAGUUUCUUCCAGUGAACGUGUAGAUUGAGCAACUCUCUUUCUCUCUCUCUCUCUCUCUCGCGAAAUAUUGUGAAUGAAUAAUCCAUCCUUCAAGAUUUUACAAAAAAUCGAUCUCACUAAUACAUUCACGUCAUACGCCAAAAAUCGGGUCGGCACUCUUUAUAGACGAUAAUUUUUGUUUUUUGCAUUUUUUCAUAAAUUUUACAUGAUUAUAUUUCAUGUUUGUAUUACUAAAACAAAUUUUAAAAUUUGUAACGCCAGGAACAAUGCUGAUAAUUCGUUUUUCCUUCUUCCUUUCCGCAAUUCAUCGUGGUUUGCCUUUCCUUAGAGGUUAGGAUAAAUAAAUUCACGACACACAAAAAAAAAACAACAACAACAAAAUAGUGACAAACAAAACAAAUUAUUUAAACCACGAAUGGAAAAGAAGGGGUAGGAGAAGAGGAGGAGGCAUAUGAAACAAAAAAAAGAAACUCUAGUUGUUAUAUAUAAUAAAUUCAACACACACUAAAGAGAACUAAUGAACUAAACAAAACGAGCAGCAAAAUCCAGAAAAAUAGAAAUCCUAGGAGCAAAACAUAUUAAUGAAUUGAGGAUAAACACAAUGUGCAUUAGGAAGAAACCAACCAUUUUUUGAGCAACAGUGUGAAGGUAUGUUUGUUCGUAAACAGCUUAGUGACUUUUGUUUAGCUCUAUUAUUUUCUCUUCGUUUUUUUUUGGCGACACGCAGUUUGUGGCUGCUGCCGCGCUAUUUUUUGUUUGUUUUCGUUUUCGUUUUGUUCUUCUUUGUGUAUAUUGCGUAAGUAGGUUCUACUAUUGUGUAAAGUUGUACAUUACUUUUGUUUUUGUUUUUCUUCUUCUAUUAUUUUUGUUUCCUACGACGAAGAAGCAGCGCAAUUUCCGCGGAAUUCGAUUUCAUACCUCUGUUUUCAAGCAAGUGCGCAGCAGGCAAACGUUAGUUUAGAAUUACAAGUAAAACAUUUACCUUUAUUAAAUGUGCCGUUUCACGGCCACGUAAACUAUUAUUUAUUUCUUAACGCACCUAUUUUAUGCUUUCUUUUAUAAAUAUAUUACAGAAGAAACAAACCAUGCUAGAUCAAUGAAGGCAAAAAUUGUGUAGGAAUUCAAAACAAAAAAAAACGAAAAUCCCUUCUAGUUUUUUUGUCACCGGUUUCCCAACUGUGGUGUGUGCACAUAACGAAAUGUAGCGCGUUGGAAGAGAACGAAGUAGGAGUAAGCAACACAAAAAACUGAAUUAAAUCCAAGAAUGUACUGCCAAUGCAAAGUAGCGCGAAGCUGACGAACUAGUAAUGUUAGGAAAGCGAUAUACAAAAGAGAAAAAAAUGGGCGUGGCGCGUACUCGCGAUCCUCUUCUGGCUCUCCGAUUCGAAUCAAAGAGUCUGGAAGGGGGGGCCACAGCAGGAUGGAAAAUCUUUCGUUGAUUUUAGCUUUUUUUUGUCUUGCGGGGAGCAAACCAGGGAAAGCACAAUCUCUCAGAAUCGGAACUGUAAUGCUCGAACGAAGACUAGUUUUGGAAAAGCGAAAGCGAGAUGGCGUGCGCAGCGAGCUGAGAGGGAAUGCGCGGUGUUAGGAAAACAAAUAAAUUUAAAAAAAAAACGCGAGAAAUAGAGAACGAUGAAUUACCAAUUGCUUUUUAAUUCUUAAGGGACAUUAAAUUGUUUGUUUUUAUUUUGCUAGGAAUUAUGGAAUUAAGAAAAUAUAAAUAUACACAAGGCGAGGAAGAAGGGCGCACACGCGGGGGACACUUUCACACACACAUAACACAAAACGAGCAAACGAAGUGAAGCUAAAAGCGGUGAUCCCAGCGUUUGUGUGCCUUUCCCUCGUGGGAUGGAAAUUUUGAAAAUUAAUUUAAAGAAAAAAAUGGGGGAAUUAUCUAAUUGGUAAAGAA